GCUGCUGGACAGCCGCUCGGGAAAGAGAGAGAGAGGCUGAGAGGGAGACAGACGGUCACACAGGGAACAACUGACCGAUCCAGAGAGACCCCCACAGUGACGAGCCCCGGAGCAAGAUGGAGCAAGAGGGGACGUGUGUCUGCAGAUUGUCCCAGCCCCGGGACCCCAGGCCUUGAGCCCUUCGUGCAGGGGACAGCCGCCUCCAGGCUGGUGGGCAGCUGAGAGUGGGGAGCUGGGACCAGGAACUGUAUCUGGCCAGGCAGGAGGCCCGAGCAUCUGACGAAAGACAAUGGUGAUUCUUCAGCAGGGGGACUAUGUCUGGAUGGACCUGAGAUCUGGGCAGGAAUUCGACGUGCCCAUCGGAGCAGUGGUGAAGCUCUGUGACUCAGGGCAGAUCCAGGUGGUGGACGAUGAAGGCAAUGAACACUGGAUCUCCCCGCAGACCGCCACGCACAUCAAGCCCAUGCACCCCACGUCGGUCCACGGCGUGGAGGACAUGAUCCGCCUGGGAGACCUCAACGAGGCUGGCAUCCUGCGCAACCUGCUCAUCCGCUACCGGGACCACCUCAUCUACACAUACACAGGCUCCAUCCUGGUGGCUGUGAACCCCUACCAGCUGCUCUCCAUCUACUCACCAGAGCAUAUCCGCCAGUAUACCAACAAGAAGAUUGGGGAGAUGCCCCCCCACAUCUUUGCCAUUGCCGAUAAUUGCUAUUUCAACAUGAAGCGCAACAGCCGUGACCAGUGCUGCAUCAUCAGCGGGGAGUCUGGGGCAGGGAAGACCGAGAGCACCAAGCUGAUCCUGCAGUUCCUGGCGGCCAUCAGCGGGCAACACUCGUGGAUCGAGCAGCAGGUGCUGGAAGCCACCCCCAUCCUGGAAGCGUUUGGGAAUGCCAAGACCAUCCGCAAUGACAACUCAAGCCGCUUUGGGAAGUACAUCGAUAUCCACUUCAACAAGCGGGGUGCCAUCGAGGGCGCCAAGAUCGAGCAGUACCUGCUGGAGAAGUCCCGUGUCUGUCGCCAGGCCUCCGAUGAACGAAACUACCAUGUGUUCUAUUGCAUGCUGGAGGGCAUGAGUGCCGAUCAGAAGAAGAAGCUGGGCCUGGGCCAGGCCUCAGACUAUAACUACUUGGCUAUGGGUAACUGUAUCGCCUGUGAGGGCCGGGAGGACAGCCAGGAGUAUGCCAACAUCCGCUCGGCCAUGAAGGUGCUCAUGUUCACCGACACGGAGAACUGGGAGAUCUCCAAGCUCCUGGCUGCCAUCCUGCACCUGGGCAACCUGCAGUAUGAGGCCCGGACGUUUGAAAACCUGGACACCUGUGAGGUCCUCUUCUCUCCGUCCCUGGCUACAGCCGCAUCCCUGCUCGAGGUGAACCCCCCGGACCUGAUGAACUGUCUGACCAGCCGUACCCUCAUCACCCGCGGGGAGACUGUGUCCACCCCACUCAGCAGGGAGCAGGCACUGGAUGUGCGAGAUGCCUUUGUCAAGGGCAUCUACGGGCGGCUCUUCGUGUGGAUUGUGGACAAGAUCAAUGCGGCCAUUUACAAGCCCCCCUCCCAGGCAGUGAAGAGCUCUCGCAGGUCCAUCGGCCUCCUGGACAUCUUUGGGUUUGAGAACUUCGCUGUGAACAGCUUCGAGCAGCUCUGCAUCAACUUUGCCAACGAGCACCUGCAGCAGUUCUUCGUGCGGCACGUGUUCAAGCUGGAGCAAGAGGAAUACGACCUGGAGAGCAUUGACUGGCUGCACAUCGAGUUUACUGACAACCAGGACGCCCUGGACAUGAUCGCCAACAAGCCCAUGAACAUCAUUUCCCUCAUCGACGAGGAGAGCAAGUUCCCCAAGGGCACAGACACCACCAUGUUGCAUAAGUUGAACUCCCAGCACAAGCUGAACUCCAACUACAUCCCCCCCAAGAACAACCAUGAGACUCAGUUUGGGAUCAACCACUUUGCAGGUGUUGUCUACUACGAGAGCCAAGGCUUCCUGGAGAAGAACCGGGACACCCUGCAUGGAGACAUCAUCCAGCUGGUCCACUCCUCCAGAAACAAGUUCAUCAAGCAGAUCUUCCAGGCUGACGUCGCCAUGGGCGCCGAGACCAGGAAGCGCUCGCCAACACUCAGCAGCCAGUUCAAGCGGUCGCUGGAGCUGCUGAUGCGCACACUGGGCGCCUGCCAGCCCUUCUUCGUGCGCUGCAUCAAGCCCAAUGAGUUCAAGAAGCCCAUGCGGUUCGACCGGCCCCUGUGUGUGCGCCAGCUGCGGUACUCAGGGAUGAUGGAGACCAUCCGGAUCCGCCGGGCGGGCUACCCCAUCCGCUACAGCUUCGUGCAGUUCGUGGAGCGCUACCGGGUGCUGCAGCCCGGGGUGAAGCCCGCCUACAAGCAGGACGACCUUCGGGGGACGUGCCAGCGCAUGGCUGAGGCUGUGCUGGGCACCCACGAUGAUUGGCAGAUUGGCAAAACCAAGAUCUUCCUGAAGGACCACCACGACAUGCUGCUGGAGGUGGAGCGGGACAAGGCCAUCACGGACAGAGUCAUCCUCCUCCAGAAGGUCAUCCGGGGGUUCAAAGACAGAUCUAACUUCCUGAAGCUGAAGAAUGCGGCCACACUGAUCCAGAGGCACUGGCGGGGCCACAACUGCCGGAGGAACUAUGAGCUGAUGCGGCUGGGCUUCUUGCGGCUGCAGGCCCUGCACCGCUCCCGGAAGCUGCACCAGCAGUACCGCCUGGCCCGCCGGCACAUCAUCGAGUUCCAGGCCCGCUGCCGCGCCUACCUGGUGCGCAAGGCCUUCCGCCACCGCCUCUGGGCCGUGCUCACCGUGCAGGCCUACGCCCGGGGCAUGAUCGCGCGCCGGCUGCACCGGCGCCUCCGCGGAGAAUACCUGCGGCGUCUGGAGGCGGAGAAGAUGCGGCUGGCCGAGGAGGAGAAGCUCCGGAAGGAGAUGAGCGCCAAGAAGGCCAAGGAGGAGGCUGAGCGCAAGCAUCAGGAGCGCCUGGCACAACUGGCUCGUGAGGACGCGGAACGGGAGCUGAAGGAGAAGGAGGAGGCUCGGCGGAAGAAGGAGCUCCUGGAGCAGAUGGAGAGGGCCCGCCGCGAGCCCAUCAACCACUCGGACAUGGUGGACAAGAUGUUUGGCUUUUUAGGGACUUCGGGCGGCCUGCCAGGCCAGGAGGGCCAAGCACCUAGUGGCUUUGAGGACCUGGAGCGUGGGCGCAGGGAGAUGGGGGAGGAGGACCUGGACGCAGCCCUUCCCUUGCCUGAUGAGGACGAGGAGGACCUCUCCGAGUAUAAAUUCGCCAAGUUCGCCGCCACCUACUUCCAGGGCACGACCACACACACCUACACCCGGCGGCCGCUCAAGCAGCCGCUGCUGUACCACGAUGACGAGGGCGACCAGCUGGCGGCCCUGGCGGUCUGGAUCACCAUCCUGCGCUUCAUGGGUGACCUCCCUGAGCCCAAGUACCACACGGCCAUGAGUGACGGCAGUGAGAAUAUACCCGUGAUGACCAAGAUUUACGAGACCCUGGGCAAGAAGACAUACAAGAGGGAGCUGCAGGCCCUGCAGGGCGAGGGUGAGGCCCAGCUAGCGGAGGGGCCGAAGAAGCGCAGCAUGAGGCACAAGCUGGUGCACCUGACCCUGAAGAAGAAGUCCAAACUGACGGAGGAGGUGACCAAGAGGCUGCAUGACGGGGAGUCUACCGUACAGGGCAAUAGCAUGCUGGAGGACCGGCCCACAUCCAACCUGGAGAAGCUGCACUUCGUCAUUGGCAAUGGCAUCCUGCGGCCGGCACUCCGGGAUGAGAUCUACUGCCAGAUCAGCAAGCAGCUGACUCACAACCCCUCCAAGAGCAGCUAUGCCCGGGGCUGGAUCCUCGUGUCUCUCUGCGUGGGCUGCUUCGCCCCCUCCGAGAAGUUCGUUAAGUACCUGCGCAACUUCAUCCACGGGGGACCGCCUGGCUACGCUCCAUACUGUGAGGAGCGACUUAGGAGGACCUUCGUCAAUGGGACACGGACACAGCCGCCCAGCUGGUUGGAGCUGCAGGCCACCAAGUCCAAGAAGCCCAUCAUGUUGCCUGUGACAUUCAUGGACGGGACCACCAAGACCCUGCUGACUGACUCAGCCACCACGGCCAAGGAGCUCUGCAACGCACUGGCUGACAAGAUCUCGCUCAAGGACCGCUUUGGGUUCUCCCUCUACAUUGCCCUGUUUGAUAAGGUGUCCUCCCUGGGCAGUAGCAGUGACCAUGUCAUGGAUGCCAUCUCCCAGUGUGAGCAGUAUGCCAAGGAGCAGGGUGCCCAGGAACGCAAUGCCCCCUGGAGGCUCUUCUUCCGCAAAGAGGUCUUCGCACCCUGGCACAACCCCUCCGAAGACAACGUGGCCACCAACCUCAUCUACCAGCAGGUGGUGCGAGGGGUCAAGUUCGGGGAGUACAGGUGUGAGAAGGAAGAUGACCUGGCCGAGCUGGCCUCCCAGCAGUACUUUGUGGACUAUGGCUCCGAGAUGAUCCUGGAGCGCCUCCUAAACCUCGUGCCCACCUAUAUCCCUGACCGCGAGAUCACGCCCCUGAAGACGCUUGAGAAGUGGGCCCAGCUGGCCAUUGCUGCCCACAAGAAGGGGAUUUAUGCCCAGAGGAGAACUGAUGCCCAGAAGGUCAAAGAGGAUGUGGUCAAUUAUGCCCGCUUCAAGUGGCCCUUGCUCUUCUCCAGGUUUUACGAAGCCUACAAAUUUUCAGGCCCCAGCCUCCCCAAGAAUGACGUUAUUGUGGCGGUCAACUGGACAGGGGUCUACUUUGUGGAUGAGCAGGAGCAGGUGCUCCUGGAGCUGUCCUUCCCCGAGAUCAUGGCCGUGUCCAGCAGUAGGGGAGCAAAACUGGUAGCCCCCAGCUUCACGCUGGCUACCAUCAAAGGGGAUGAGUACACCUUCACCUCCAGCAAUGCUGAGGACAUCCGUGACCUAGUGGUCACCUUCCUGGAAGGGCUCCGGAAGAGGUCUAAGUACGUGGUGGCCCUGCAGGACAACCCCAACCCUGCGGGAGAGGAGUCAGGUUUCCUCAGCUUUGCCAAGGGAGACCUCAUCAUCCUGGACCAUGACACAGGAGAGCAGGUCAUGAACUCAGGCUGGGCCAACGGCAUCAAUGAGAGGACCAAGCAGCGUGGGGACUUCCCCACCGACUGCGUGUAUGUCAUGCCCACUGUCACCAUGCCACCGCGGGAGAUUGUGGCCCUGGUCACCAUGACCCCUGACCAGAGACAGGACGUUAUCCGCCUCUUGCAGCUGCGGACAGCGGAGCCUGAGGUGCGCGCCAAGCCCUAUACGCUGGAGGAAUUUUCCUACGACUAUUUCAGGCCCCCACCCAAGCACACGCUGAGCCGGGUGAUGGUAUCCAAGGCCCGUGGCAAGGACCGGCUGUGGAGCCACACACGGGAGCCACUCAAGCAGGCACUGCUCAAGAAGAUCCUGGGCAGCGAGGAGCUCUCUCAGGAGGCCUGCAUGGCCUUCAUUGCCAUGCUCAAGUACAUGGGCGACUACCCAUCCAGGCGGACGCGCUCGGUCAAUGAGCUCACUGACCAGAUCUUUGAGGGUGCCCUAAAGGCCGAGCCUCUCAAGGAUGAGGUGUAUGUGCAGAUCCUGAAGCAGCUGACCGACAACCACAUCAGGUAUAGCGAGGAGCGGGGCUGGGAGCUGCUCUGGCUGUGCACGGGCCUCUUCCCGCCCAGCAACAUCCUCCUGCCGCACGUGCAGCGCUUCGUGCAGUCGCGCAAGCACUGCCCGCUCGCCCUCGACUGCCUGCAGCGCCUCCAGAAAGCCCUGAGAAAUGGGUCCCGGAAGUACCCCCCACACCUGGUGGAGGUGGAGGCCAUCCAGCACAAAACCACCCAGAUUUUCCACAAGGUCUACUUUCCUGAUGACACCGAUGAGGCCUUUGAGGUGGAGUCCAGCACUAAGGCCAAAGACUUCUGCCAGAACAUCGCAGCCCGGCUGCUCCUCAAGUCCUCAGAGGGAUUCAGCCUCUUUGUCAAAAUUGCAGACAAGGUCAUUAGUGUCCCCGAGAAUGACUUCUUCUUCGACUUUGUUCGACACCUGACAGACUGGAUAAAGAAAGCACGGCCCGUCAAGGAUGGAAUCGUGCCCUCGCUCACCUACCAGGUAUUCUUCAUGAAGAAGCUGUGGACCACCACAGUGCCCGGGAAGGACCCGAUGGCCGAUUCCAUCUUCCACUAUUACCAGGAGUUGCCCAAGUAUCUCCGGGGCUACCACAAGUGCACGCGGGAGGAGGUGCUGCAGCUGGGGGCGCUGAUCUAUAGGGUCAAGUUCGAGGAGGACAAGUCCUACUUCCCCAGUAUCCCCAAGCUGCUACGGGAGCUGGUGCCCCAGGACCUCAUCCGGCAGAUCUCACCUGACGACUGGAAGCGGUCUAUCGUCGCCUACUUCAACAAGCAUGCAGGGAAGUCCAAGGAGGAAGCCAAGCUAGCCUUCCUAAAGCUCAUCUUCAAGUGGCCCACCUUUGGUUCAGCUUUCUUUGAGGUGAAGCAAACUACGGAGCCAAACUUCCCUGAGAUCCUCUUAAUUGCCAUCAAUAAGUAUGGGGUCAGCCUCAUCGAUCCCAGAACCAAGGACAUCUUGACCACUCAUCCCUUCACCAAGAUCUCCAACUGGAGCAGUGGCAACACCUACUUCCACAUCACCAUUGGGAACCUGGUGCGUGGGAGCAAAUUGCUCUGUGAGACAUCACUGGGCUACAAGAUGGAUGACCUCCUGACUUCCUAUAUUAGCCAGAUGCUCACGGCCAUGAGCAAACAGCGGGGCUCCAGGAGUGGCAAGUGAACAGUGAGGGAGGUGGUGCUGGCUCAAGGCCCAUCAGCAGGUUGGGGCGGACUUUGCCAUCUGGGCAGGGAGGCUGGGCCAGCCAGCCACUGAUUAUACCAACUUGGCUUCCUGUCCUUCUUCCAGUGAGGCA